GGUAAAUAUCAGUGCCAAGUAAAUGACAGUCCCUGUAAAUCAGUGAAUUACAUCGGACACUGGGUAUAAGUGUCUUUAUCUGCAGUUUUCUCCACUUUUGUGGAUAAAAAACACUCUAAUGUGAGUUUAAAGCGUUAGAAGCGUCUUUUCAGAGCUGCGUGCGCACAGUGAGUGUUUUCAGUUUCCUCUCUGACACACGGGAAGUUUUUUCUCUGCUCGGAGAGUCAUAUGAUGUGACUCUAAAGAGGGACAACCACGCCUGUCAGAGAGGCUUCUUCACCAGGGAAUCUACCCAACACAGAGUCCAGCUCCACAAAGAGGAACACGCUGCUCUGCUGGGGGAAAGUUAGCCGGAGACGGGGAUGUUAACGUGGGAACCGAAACUACGAGACACAGGCAGCUUCUCCAGCCUCUCCAGCCGGUUCAGCUAAUGCUAAUCUUCAGUGAAGUGAUGUAAACAUAUGACUGCUGUAGUAAUGCUGCUGCGACAGCGUGGUAACUCGACUGUACUCAUCGACCUAAAUGCACUUCUUCAACCCUUCAGUCGGGAAACAGCAUUAUUUUAGAGACCAUGGUUAACCAAGAGGAGCUGGAGGAAAGAUUGAAGAAGCUCCUGGUGAGGCUGCAAAUCCCUCAAGAAGACAGACAACUCAGGACACUGAUUCAGAUCAUCCAGGAUCUGCUUUUCCUGGCACACACGGACAAUGCAGCUGCACUGUUCCAGGACAAAGACGUCCAUGUCCACCUCACGGGGGUUCUGUCCUCCUACAUAGGCAGCCGAGGAGUCCAGCAGUGGGGUUGGUCACUGCUGUGCCGGCUGGUUGAAAUAUCCCCCGCCACGCUGGACCAGCUGACCACACCUCUGAAGGCGGCCAAGGAUGAGGAGGUACUGGGAAUACACCAACAGAUCCUGAGGGCUCUGUCUCAGUACAGCACAGACUGCAAAGUGACCAUGGUGGGACUCAGAGCUCUGGCUCUCCUGCUCAAAUCAGACCGCAUUCCUCUGCUGGUGCUGGAGGAGGAGGAAGAUGUGUUUGGCCUUGUGGUGCAGGCGAUGAAGACAUUUCCUACCAGUGAGGAGGUUCAGCUUCAAGGCUGUGCAGCCCUGCAGCUGCUGCUGGAGAGAGUGAGUGAUGAACACCUUUUGGAGUUUGUGGAGAACCAGGAUCAUGUUGUGGUUCUGGCCGCUCUGCAGAGUUUCCUGGACUUCCCCCAGCUGCUCCAGCAGGCCAUGAAGGUGCUGCUCCCUCUGACUCGUCCCAGCAGUAACGUGGAGGUGUUGAUGUCUGGAGGAGCUCGGUGCUACAGCCUGAUCAUGGCCGCCAUGGACGCGUUCCCUGAGGUGGAGGAGCUGCAGCAGACGGCCUGCUGUUUGUUCAAGAGAUUAACAUCAGAGAGUUACUACAGCAUCCUGGUGCUGAACGGUGUUCAGAGGGUCGCAGUCAGAGCCUGCCAGACCUUCCCUGACAACCCCACGCUGCAAGCCGCUGCUCUCUCCUGCCUGGCUGACCUCACCGCCACCAUCGUACAGAACAAAGCGGUGGCUGCACAGGGUCCAGAGGAAGGAGAAGAGGAGGAGAACAGGGGGAAGGAGGAGGUGGAGGACAUGGGCCUGGGCUGGAUGGAGGCUUGUUGUAUGGCACUGGAUCUUCAUGCUGCUGAACCGGCUGUUCAGGAGGCUGCAAGCUGGGCGAUCCACAAUCUGUUACUGCAUGGAGCUGGAGUGAACCAGUCGGAAGAGGAGCAGGACGAGAGGACUCCAGUUCACAGACAGCUGAUGGCGGCCAUGCUGCUCCACUCCUCCUCUCCCAGUGUGUUUGAAGCUGCUACCAGUGCUAUCGCCACACUCCUCACACACAACAAUAAAAUGCGUUCCCUGCUGCUGUCGAGCGGCCUUCAUGUCAACUUAGUGGAGAUGAUGAAGAGACAUUCAACCUCAGUUGAAGUUUCAAUCAGCGCCUGCAAACUGCUCAACCUGCUCUUCCAGGGAAGGACAGCCAGUCUAGAUGAGCUGAACAUGGCCAUGAGUCAGAUCCUCAGCGCCAUGAAAGUCCACAACUUCCACCCGGAGGUUCAGCUGGAGGCUCUGCAGGCCAGCCUGGUCUUCCUCUGUCCAGACAGGAGUUUGAGGGAGCAUGGCGUCUCUGUCUCAGAUCCAGACAUGGUCGAUGUGUCGCUGAAGGUCCUGAAGAAUCAGUGUGUGGUGGAAGGAGCUCACACUCUCUACCUGGAGGUUCUCAACCGGUUCAUCAGCAGCUCCAUCAUUCAGAGGUGUGGUCUGAGGGUGCUCUCUGCUCUGGCUGACUGCACCGGUGCAGUGGACUUGCUCUGUCAGCAGGGGGCGAUAGACACAGUGCUGCAUACACUACAGAUGUUCCCACAGGAUCGAGAAAUACACUACUGGGGUCUGACCCUGCUUCACUACCUCGUGUCAAAGAAGAAGCUGUCGAGGAUGAUUGUACCGGUUCUGGCGUCUGUUGUGGUCGCCUCACUCAUCCAGCACAGAGAAGACUCUGAGAUGCUCCUGAAGGGUUUUCAGGUGUCCUUGAGGAUGCUUGAUGCCUGCUCUGGAGCAGCUGCUGAAUUGCAGAGAGAAGGCUUAGACCGGCUGAUCUUCCAACAACUCAGAGAGGAGACUCCAGACCAGAUCCACAACCCACUGCGUAAGUCGGUCUGCCUGGCUCUGUCCAAGAUGUGGUGUGACCCGGAGCUGCACUACAGCAUGCUGGAGAAGGCCUGCGAGGACGGAGACACGACAUUAGCUGAGUGUCUGAUCGAGCUGGGAGCAGACGUCAACAGGAAGACAAAAACAGAGUCUCUCAUUUACCAGGUGUGUGAGAGAGGUGGGCCCCUGGACUUGGUGGAGCUCCUGCUCAGCCGAGGAGCCCACGAGCAGUACCUCCGCCGGGCUCUAGCUGUGAGUGUAAAACGGGGAGAUGGACCCACAGUCAUCCAGCUGCUGGGCCGUCUCGGUCUGGACCUCAACAACAGCGCCCUCUGCCUUGGGGGCUUUAGGCUGGGACGCCUGGACUCCUCCUGGCUCAGCCCACUGCUGGCUGAAAGAGGCCGAGCGUUCAGUCUCCGUUACAACAACAGUAAAGGAAUGAGUUUGGCGAAGUACAUUAAAUCUUUGCAGAAGUCCAAGAGUAGCAGCGUUCUUCCCAGAUCUCUGGCCGACCCGUGUCUGACCUCAGGCUACAUCUCUGAAGAGAGCGACGACUCCAACUUCAGCUUCGUCUCCAUGGAAGACAGCCUGUUUCUCAACGAUGACAUGGAGAGCGACGGAAGCGAUUCUCUGUCAGGAGUUCUGUCCCCAAAGCCGCAUAACAAUUCAACAGAGGAGCUAACUGGAGGGUCCUAUAAAAGGAAAAAUGGGCGCCGCAGACAUGCCAGUGCAGAAAGUGGACUAACAGAGAGCGAACACAGCGAGCCUGUACACCGCAGGAAUGGGAAGAUUGGCUCAGUCCAGAAAGUGCUUGCAUCUGCUGAGAACUCUGCUGCUCUGCCUAAAGAGAAGGAAAGAAUCCGCCUGCUGGACCUGUCCGGUAACGAGCUGGACUCUCUGUCCUGUCUGAUGGAUGACGGCUUUGUGCAGCAGCAGCUGUGUCACCUCCUCCGUCUGGACCUGAGCCACAACAACCUGCUGGAGUUCCCCUCAGCUCUGUGCCAGAGUUUGAAGAGUCUGACCCGCCUGGACCUGCAGGGGAACCAGCUCCGGUCGCUGCCUGUGGAGCUGCUGUCUCUGCUCUCACUUAGCACUCUGAACGUCUCUCGUAACUGCGUCGGUCCCCUACUGACCUUUGACCCUGCUGUAGCAUGCCCAUCCCUGCGUCAACUCAAUCUGUCCUUCAACAAAAUCACCACAUUCCCUCAUGAGCUGGGCCGUGCCAUGGAUCACCUGGAGGAGCUGGUGAUGGAGGGUAAUGCUAUCACUGAGCUGUGCACACCUCUGUGUCUGCCUGAGAUCAAGCUGCUGGAUGUGAGCAAGAACAAUGUGGAGAACAUUUCUCCAGACUUCCUGACGAGCUGCCCCAAACUGGAAACUUUCAGUGCCUCCAUGAACAAAAUCUGUUCACUGUCCAAUCUCUCUCCCAAGAUCACGACACUGAAACUAGCAAACAACAGCUUCACUGAAGUUCCUGAGGCUUUACUGAAACUUCCAAACUUGCGCUCAGUCGACAUGAGAACUAACCAAAUUGCUGCUCUGCCUGGACCGGGGUCCUGGGAGUCCUGCAACCUCAGAGAGCUGAUGUUCAGUCAGAACUGUAUCACAGCUCUGGACCUGAGUGGACCCGUCUAUAAGUGGGCCAGACUGGAGAAGCUCCACUUGAGUGACAACAAGCUCACUGAGAUCCCUCCACAGAUCGGCCUGCUGGAAGGUCUGACCUCCAUGGAUGUGAGUCGUAAUGCUAACCUGCGGUCCCUCCCUGAUGAGAUGGGGAAACUGAGCCGACUGUGGGACCUGCCGCUGGAUGGGCUCAGACUCCAGCUGGAUCUCAAACUCAUCGGCAACAAGACUAAAGACAUUGUCAGGUUCCUGCAGCAGCGUCUGAAGAAGGCCGUGCCUUACUACAGGAUGAAGCUCAUCGUGGUGGGGAACGUAGGCAGCGGCAAAACAACACUGAUCCAGCAGCUGAUGAAGCUGAAGCGCUCUCAGGUGAACCCUAAGCUGACCUCUGUUGGCAUCGAUGUUCAGGACUGGACCAUCAGAGACCGGGACAAGAAGAGGAUGGUGCUGAACGUGUGGGACUUCUCAGGUGGAGAGGAGUUCAGCGGCUCUCACCCUCACUUCUUGACGUCCAGAGCUCUCUACCUGGUGGUUUACAACCUAAGCAAGGGAGCCAGUCAGGUGGACUCCCUCAAACCCUGGCUCUUCAACAUUAAAGCCGUAGCUCCUCUGUCCCCGGUCAUCCUGGUGGGAACCCACACAGACGUGAGCGAUGAACUGCAAGUCCAAGCCUGCCUCACCAAGAUCAAAAAUGAGCUGCUGAACCACCAGGGCUUCCCUGCCAUCAGAGACUACCACAUGGUCUCCGUCUGCGAGGACUCGGACUCCCUGACCAAGCUCCGCAAGGCCAUCGCCCGGGAAGUCACCAGCUUCAGAAUCCAGGGCCAGCCCGUCAUGGGUCAGCUGGUUCCAGACAGCUACGUAGAGCUGGAGCGCCGGGUUCUGCUGGAAAGAAUCAAGGUUCCCCCAGAGUUUCCUGUUCUCAGGCACCAUGAGCUGCUGCAGCUCAUCCAGGAGAGUCAGCUGCAGCUGGAUGAAGCUGAGCUGCCCCACGCCAUUCACUUCCUCAGUGAAGCUGGGCUUUUACUGCACUUUGACGAUCCUGCACUCCAGCUAGAAGACCUCUACUUUAUCAACCCACAAUGGCUGUGCAACAUCAUCUCCCAGAAGCUGACAUUAAAGAACGGUGGAGUCGUUCAGCGCUCAGUGGUGGAGAAGUUUCUGUCUGAGACCAAGUGUUUCCCUAAGAGCCACCUGACGCAGUUCUUCAAACUGCUGGAGAAGUUUCAGAUAGCUCUACCCUUCGGUGACGACCAGCUGUUGGUGCCCAGCAGUUUGUCCAAACACAGACCCAUGAUAGAUCUGCCUCACUGCGAGAACUCUGAGGUGAUUGUGCGUCUGUACGAGAUGCCGUACUUCCCCAUGGAUUACUGGUCCCGACAGAUCACCCGCCUGCUGGAGUUUUCUUCUUAUUUGCUCGGUGGAAGAGAAAAAGUGAUGCGACCAAAUAGGAUCUACUGGAGGAGGGGAGUGUACCUGAGUUGGUCCCCGGAGGCAUACUGUCUGGUGGAGGCGGAUGCGGUGGAUGAUAAUCCCUCCAGCUUCGUCAGGAUAACUGUGCCAUGUUCACGCAAAGGCCGGGUGCUCCUAGGUCAGGUGGUGGAUCACAUCGACUCUCUCCUGGAGGAGUGGUUCCCUGGCCUGCUGAACACAGACAUGCACGGCAAUGGCGAGGCUCUGCUGAAGAAGUGGGCUCUGUACAGCUUUGAGGACGGGCAGGAGUGUAGCAAGAUUCUGCUGGAGGACCUUUUUCCCUACUUUGACAUGGAUUUCCUGCUGAGAAGCACUGAAGAUCCGUGCUGCACGCUCCCCAUCUCUCAGAUCGCUCCUGACUUGGUGCUGAGUGACCAGCCUGCAGGAACGAUACUGGACAGUGAAGAACUGCAUGUGGAUGGCUCUAAAGAGAACCGACUGGGGGAUGGCGGCUUUGGGACUGUGUACAGAGGUGUCUACAAAAAUGAAGAAGUUGCUGUGAAAAUAUUCAACAAGCACGCAUCUGAGCUUUACAUCCACAGACUCCUCAGACAGGAGUUGUCGGUGUUGGGUCGCCUCCGUCAUCCCAGCCUGGUGGGUCUGCUUGCAGCCGGUUCAGCCCCUCAGGUUCUGGUGAUGGAGCUGGCUCUGCGGGGAUCACUGGACGGCCUGUUUGAACACGAGAACGGCAGCCUUAACCAAAAACUCCAGCACAGGAUCGCCCUGCAAGUGGCUGAUGGACUCAGGUACCUCCACUCAGUCAUGAUCAUCUAUCGGGAUCUCAAGCCCCACAAUGUCCUCCUCUUCAACCUGAAGACCGACUCUGAGAUCAUCGCCAAGAUCACAGACUACGGCAUCGCUCAGUACUGCUGCAGCAUGGGAGUGAGGAGCUCAGAGGGCACACCGGGUUUCCGGGCGCCUGAGGUCGCUCGGGGUAAUGUGAUUUAUAACCAGCAGGCUGAUGUGUUCUCAUUCGGUCUGCUGCUCUACGACCUGAUGACCUGUGGAGAACGGAUCUCUGACGGCAUGAAGUUCCCCAGUGAGUUUGAUGAGGUCGCAGUGCAGGGGAAACUACCAGAUCCAGUGAAACAUUACGGCUGCUCUCCAUGGCCGGGCUUCCAGGCCCUGAUGAAGGACUGUCUGAGGGAAAGCCCCCAGAGUAGACCAACCUCUGCUCAGGUGUUCGACAGGCUGAAUUCAGGGGAGAUGUUGUGCCUGAUGAGGGAGCUGACAGUUCCCCGAGCGUUCAAUGCUGAGUGCUUCGCAGUGAGCUCUGACAGCAACGACGGCCUCUCGAGCAGCCACAAAGUCUGGCUGGGUGGAGGCAGCAGCACCCAGAGACUCGGCUCCAUCACAGCCGUGGACCUGGACACCAACAAAAUCACCACAGAGGAGAUUGACAGCAGUCCAGUCUUGUGUCUUGUGACCGUCCAAAUCCCAAAUGAAGCCUGUGAUUGGCUGGUUGCGGGCACCCAGUGUGGCUCCUUAGUGGUCAUCAGCACUCAGGAUGCUUCGACUUAUCACCCCCUGCAGAGUGUCACAGACGCUGUCACCUCGCUGUACUUCCAUGUUCACCCUCGUCGCAAUCAAAGGAAGAAUUACCUGUUGGUUGGGACAGCUGAUGGCGUCCUCACUAUUUAUGAAGACUCUGUGCUCAAGCAGGAGAACGGGCAGCCGGUUAAAACAGUGACCGUGGGAAACGUCAACACGCCCGUCAUGUGUCUGGGUCAGUCCGUGCAUUCGAUGGACAGCAGGUGUGUGUGGGCCGGCUGCGGGACCAAGGUCCUCUCCUUCACCGCCGACUACGACGUCUGCAAGACCAUCGACACGAGACCGAACCUCAUCUUCCAGCAGCAGCGCUCACUGAGCAGUGAGUCGUGUGUGUCUCGGAUGGUUGUGGAUAAAAACGUUUACCUGAGCAAAGCCGGGGCAGCGACUGUGGAGGUGUGGGAUAAGAGGAGUGAGAGGAUGGUGGACUGCAUCGACUGUGCUCAGAUCAUCAGACACAGCUCUAGCUGCAGGGGCAGGCAGGGCGGCGAGGCAGAGCUGCCCACUGAGGCGUCUCCCUCCUGGGCCAGAGUCAAGGCCCUGCUGAUGCAGAGCGCUGCAACUCUCUGGAUUGGCACCAGAGGGGGCCACCUGCUGCUGCUGGAGCUCUCCAAACAUCAGACGCUGCAGGUCAUCGGCCCCAGCUGCAACUCCAUCCGCUGCAUCACCUCUGCACUCAUAGAAACACUAAACUGGAAGAAUGUGGUCCUGAUUUUGGGCAGAAGACUCCCACAAGACAGGACUCAGUUUGACGAGGAGUCGGUGCUGAUGGUGUGGAACAGCACGCUGCCGAUGGAGGUCAAGGACCUGAAAAAACACUGCGAGAAAAGAGAGCAGAUCGCUGCCAAGAUGAGAGAGCAGCUGCAGCAUGUCUGAGUCCACACGCGAGACUACUGUUCAUGCAAAAGGGAUCACCUCUCCGGUGGAUGGAUGCAUCAGCAGCUCACAUUCAGGGGGACGUUUUACCUCGUUUUUCUGACAGCCAUAUGAACUCUUCUUUUGCACUGACCCUGAAAGACCAAGAACUAGUAAGGGGAGCACAUCACAACAGAUCAAUCAAGACUCUUAUUUUGUUUUUGCUGGAAAGAUGCACCGUUUUGAAUUCACUAAAUGAAGACAAUCUUUGUAAUUUAUGAAGACACAUUUAUGUAAAAGGGACACAGAUGGCCUGAUUCGUGAUAUCAGGCCUGAGAGCAAUGCAGGUGUUCAGAGAGACCUCUUGACUCCUCGUGAAUGUUUGUGUACUUGUAGUUUAAAAGAAAAAACAAACAGAAACUGGAAUGAAAGCCAAAGGAACAAAGCUCUUAAAUUGUAUAUUUGAUUAUUUAUUCGUAUUUGUGUUUACGUAAGCGCACAUUCACUCCACAACUGAACACAGGACUUCUCAAACGCUGCCUGCUUUGUACACAGUUUUUAUGUCUUGUGUUUGUGAGAUGAUUUAAUGUUCUGCAAUGGAUGUUUAUUUUGUUGUUAAUGAAUUCUUUACAAAAAGAAGAAGAAAAUGUGUUAUUUUUUAAAAAGUAAAAUCACUCA